AAUUCUUCUUUCUCCUACUAAUAUGACUUCGGCCUAAUAAUAAUUUGGCAUCGGGCAGGUAUUUAUUUUUGACGCGCACCAGCUGCUUAAUCAUAACGCCAAUAUUUUGUUGAUCAUUUUGUAUCGAGAUAGAUUUGGAAGCACGAUGGAAGAGUAUUUGGACGUGCUAACGCCCGAUGGUCAACAUACAGGCACUGCAAAACCCAGGAGUUCAGUUCACAAAAAUGGGGAUUUUCAUCGAGCAGUUCAUGUAUGGAUUUAUGCAGAAAGCACUGGAGAGAUACUUUUACAGCGUCGGGCAGACUGCAAAGAAUCAUGGCCAGGAUGCUGGGAUGUCUCCAGUGCAGGUCAUAUCUCUGCGGGUGAUACAUCCCUCAUAUCUGCCAGGAGAGAGAUGCAGGAAGAAUUAGGAAUAACGCUUCCAGAGGAAGCAUUUGAAUUACUCUUUGAGUAUCUUGAACAAUCGGUUAUAAACAAUGGCACCUUUAUCAAUAAUGAGUUUAAUGAUGUUUAUUUGGUGACAACAUUGGAUCCAAUUCCUUUGGAAGCAUUUACACUUCAGGAUGAAGAAGUUUCAGAAGUUAAAUACAUUUCAUGGAAAGAGUUUAGAGAACUUUUACUCAAGAAAGAUGCAGCCUAUGUCCCAUAUGACAUGAAUGGAAAAUAUGGUCAACUUUUUCAAAUACUUGAUGAUAGAUACAAAGAAAAUACAAAAGAAAGAUUACUGAGUAUACAAAAGAUGCUCAACAGAUAUAAACCAGUGAAUCUUACAGCAGAGUUAAGUGGACUUAGCAAAGGAGAUAAAGAGGCGCUAGUACUUACAGUUGAGGCUGCUAAGUUCUUGGACUGCAUAUUUUAUGAACAGGUGUGGUGUAGCAACCCUGCAUUGAAAAAAUGGCUGGAGCAACAUUCUGAAGAUUCUGAAUAUGAUAAGCUGAAGUUUGCCUAUUUUUUGGUUAAUAAGGGCCCAUGGUCAUGUCUUGAUGACAAUAAGGCUUUUUUGACCACUGCCGAUUCAGCUGUCAAACUGUCGAAGGAAGCUGCGAAGCCAGUCUUUGGAUGGGAGGGUUUAAAAUUUAGAGAAGCAUUUCCUCAAGCCAAACCACAGGGUGCAAACUUCUAUCCUCCUGAUAUGGACAAAGCGGAAUUUGAUUUGUGGAAGAGUACAUUAGACAAGGAGCAGCAGGAGCUGGCUGUUGGUUUUUUUACUGUGAUUCGAAGGCAUAAAGAUUCUCUCCUUGAUAACACGCCAUUACAUACGGAGUUAUCAACUAUAAAUCUGUCAUGCAAUUCCAAGACAUCAAAAGCUCACAAUCUUUUGAUUGUACCAUACUCAGAAGAAUAUACAAGCUAUUUGAAAGAUGCUGCUGAUCUACUGCAUAAAGCUGGAGAUGUUGCUGAUACACCCAGCUUGAAGCGAUUGUUGAAAGCUAAGGGUGAUGCCUUCCUUACUAAUGACUACUAUGAUUCAGAUAUUGCUUGGAUGGAACUGGACUCUCUAGUUGAUGUUACCAUUGGGCCCUACGAGACAUAUGAAGAUGCUCUUUAUGGAUAUAAGGCCACUUUUGAAGCAUUCAUAGGAAUUCGAGAUGAAGGGGCAACAUCCCAGGUCAAACUUUUCAGCAAUCAUUUACAGGACUUGGAAAAUAAUCUCCCCCUGGAUGACAAGUACAAGUCAAAACACGUGACUGCUGCUCCUAUUCGUGUGAUCGAACUAAUUUAUAAUACUGGGGAUGUUAAAGGUCCACAGACUGUUGCCUUCAAUUUGCCGAAUGACGAGCGAAUAGUAAAUGAGCGUGGUUCUGCCAUGGUGAUGCUGAAAAACAUUGCAGAAGCGAAGUUUAAAUCUAUAUUGUUACCCAUAGCAGAUGCAUGCAUUUCCAAGGAACAAAAGCAGUAUGUAGAUUUUGACUCCAUGUUCACACAUACAGUUUGCCACGAAUGCUGCCAUGGGAUAGGGCCUCACACUAUUCAUCUUCCUGAUGGAAGACAGUCAACAGUACGGCUGGAACUUCAAGAACUUCAUUCAGCUCUAGAGGAAGCAAAAGCAGAUAUUGUUGGUUUGUGGGCACUUCAACAUCUUGUUGAUCAGGGAUUGCUUCCUAAAAGUUUAUCGGAAUCGAUGUAUGUUUCAUUCCUUGCUGGGUGCUUUCGAUCAGUCAGAUUUGGACUAGAGGAGGCCCAUGGGAAAGGACAAGCUUUGCAAUUCAACUGGAUAUAUGAGAAGGGAGGAUUUUUAAUGCAUUCAAAUGGGACGCUAUCCGUUGAUUUCACGAAGGUGCAAGAAGCAGUUGAGACUUUGAGCAGGGAAAUAAUGACAAUACAAGCAAAGGGUGACAAACCUUCUGCCAAAUUGCUCUUGGAUAAGUAUGCUACAUUAACACAGCCAUUACAACUAGCACUUUCACAUCUGGAAGCUAUUCAGGUACCUGUAGACAUAUAUCCCUCAUUCACUACUCUGAAUCAACUAUCAAGCUAGGAAGGAUGUGACCAUGCCUUUAUCACUAUGGAAAAGUUAAAAGCAGCCAUCUUAUGAUGAAAGUUUCUCCGGACAUAAUCUUUACACCAAUGGCCAGAUAGACACAACUGAAGCUACAGCGCCUCAUCUUUCAAGGAUUGUUGACUGUGGAAGACUCCUUGAACAUUAACUUUUCAAAUUUAUGUGAUAUCUGACAGGGAUAAUUGCCCUGUUGCAGCAGUCAGAUUUUUUGAGUAUUUAUUGUUGUCUUCCCACAUGUAGCCAUGGAAAUAGAUUUGUCUCUAAAAUUAAUUAUAAAAUUGAAAAUCAAAUGCAGAGAAUCUCACUGAGAAUAACAAACCUUGAAACUGAAAUUUCUUACGCUGGACUAGAAUCAUUCAUGUCUUAGUUAAACUUGGGAUUCCCAGAAGAUGACUUGUAGCUUGCAUUUAGUAAGAAUAAACAGAGAAAAUAUAAAAUCGAAUAAGAAGAUUCCUGACAUUGAGUAGGAACCCAAUGAAGGAAUCAAGACAUCAUCUUUCUGCUAGAAUUCUUACUUCCUGCUAAUAUUGUAUGCAUUCUCAGUCAAGUCUUGUUGGCUGUCCGUGGGGAUUUUUUUGGUGAUGCAAAAUUAGUUAAAAAUCUUUAACAAAAUGGGCGGUAUUGAAAU